CCCAACUAGGGGUGGCCAUCAUGCUGGGGCUAAACCACACCUCCAUGUCUGAAUUCAUCCUCGUCGGCUUCUCUGCCUUCCCCCACCUCCAACUGAUGCUCUUCCUGCUGUUCCUGCUGAUGUACCUGUUCACGCUGCUGGGCAACCUGCUCAUCAUGGCCACCGUCUGGAGCGAGCGCAGCCUCCACACGCCCAUGUACCUCUUCCUGUGCGCCCUCUCCGUCUCCGAGAUCCUCUACACCGUGGCCGUCAUCCCGCGCAUGCUGGCCGACCUGCUGUCCACCCAGCACUCCAUCGCCUUCCUGGCCUGUGCCAGUCAGAUGUUCUUCUCCUUCAGCUUCGGCUUCACCCGCUCCUUCCUGCUCACUGUCAUGGGCUACGACCGCUACGAGGCCAUCUGCCAUCCCCUGCGCUACAACGUGCUCAUGAGCCCACGGGGCUGCGCCUGCCUGGUGGGCUGCUCCUGGGCUGGUGGCUCGGUCAUGGGGGUGGUGGUGACAAUGGCCAUUUUCCAACUGACUUUCUGUGGAUCCCAUGAGAUCCAGCAUUUUUUAUGUCAUGUGCCACCUCUGUUGAAGUUGGCCUGUGGAAAUAACGUACCAGCUGUGGCCCUGGGCGUGGGCUUGGUAUGUAUCAUGGCACUGCUGGGCUGUUUUCUCCUCAUCCUCCUCUCCUAUGCCUUCAUCGUGGCGGACAUCUUGAAGAUCCCUUCUGCUGAAGGUCGGAACAAGGCCUUCUCCACCUGUGCCUCUCACCUUAUUGUGGUCAUUGUGCACUAUGGCUUUGCCUCUGUCAUCUACCUCAAGCCCAAAGGUCCCCACUCUCAGGAGGGUGACACCCUGAUGGCCACCACCUACACAGUCCUCACGCCCUUCCUCAGCCCCAUCAUCUUCAGCCUCAGGAACAAAGAACUGAAGGUUGCCAUGAAGAGGACCUUCCUCAGCAAACUCUAUUCCUCAGGCACCUGAGUAGCUGGUGUGGAAGUGCUGAUAGAAUAUGAUAGGAGGAUGACCAUCACCUUGUCUGCACAGUGUGGCUAGUAAUGCUUACCUUGUAAGGCAGGUGUAAAGAUUUCUGU